UUCAGUUCCAGAAUCUGAUUGGUUCUCUCUUUCUCGAUAAAUUGAAGGAGCCCUAAAUUCUUCUUGAUCUGCUCUGUGAUUAUUGCGUGGAUUGUCCGAAUCGAAGCCAUUAAUGUUCUCGCAAGCUUAUGCUCUGUCUCUUGCUUGAGCUGGGUAUUAUUUCUCUCCUGGACGGAGAUUUUACUUCCUUCUCCUUUUUGCGUUUGUUCGUUUCUUGACUGAACUUUGUAUGCGGUUCUGAGUUUUGGGGUUAUUUAUGCUUAAUCGGCGUCAUUCGCGGUAUCGUUGGCCUUCGAACCAACGCAGUCCGUGUAAUUUAUGCUUGGUGGCGAGGUUAGGAGCUUAGAGCGUAGUUCUUUUGGUGGACGUUGUUGGCGGGGGAGGAUAAAUGCUUGUUUUUGGAAAUAUAGGGCUUCAGGUCCUCUUGGUGUUUGUGGUUUUCCCUGUAAUCUGUUUGGUAAUCCGGCGGAAAUGGCGGUUCUCUGUGGCGAGGAAGGAAGAAAUUAAUCGCUUGUUAGUUUUGUCGUCUGAGGAGGCUUUUAGAGCUGAGCUUGAGGCCACUUCUGGGUACACUUCUUUAUCGUUUACUCCUCCUGGACACCAGUGUGCUGUCUGUUACUCUCCAACAACCACACGCUGCGCUAGGUGCAAAGCGGUUCGGUAUUGUUCUGGUAAGUGUCAAAUCAUACACUGGCGACAGGGCCAUAAGGAAAAUUGUCAUCCUCCGAGCAUUUUCAACCAUGCUGUUGCGUCUAGGACAGAUUUCGAGCAGAAAGUGACAGAACAAGAUCAUUAUGAAUCAUGUACUUCUGAUUCAUCUACUGCAUCAUUUUCUGGAUUCUCUACUUCAAAUAUAAGCAGCGAAUCAUCUGAUGAUACUUCUACUAGUGAUAGUAGUAGUCAAAUUGAACCAGAGAAAUUCGAUGGAUGUAUGUCUGCUGAUGCAACUCCUGAUAGACAUGAAAUUACGAGAGGCAUUGACAUUCCUGAUCCAACCAAGCCAUUGUCACCCAUGUUUGGUAACUUGGUUGAUUCUGUGGAUUGUUUUCCCUCAUCUUGCAAACUGAAUCAGCUUAAGCCCAGUUUUGUAAAUAAUGACAAUCAUAAAGAUUCUGGUCCAGCAGCUUCUUCUGAUUUUUGGGUUAGAACUCUUGAUCGUAAGGGAUCUACAACCGAUUCCCUGGAUGAUUCCACCUUACCCAAACUCAGUGGAGGUCAUUGUAGGAAGUUGUCUAGUCCAUCAUCAUUUUCAUUGAACUCUUCAAAUGUUUCCCAAGCACACCGCUCUAAGGAAAACAAUACAUCCAACAUCGCUCUUCCUGAUGCCUCAGAAGAUAAGAAAGAUAAGAAUUCUGUGGAUGGGGAAAUUUUAUCAAAAUAUCAUUGUAUCCCUUCAAAUGUCUGCAAUUCUGCACCUUCCAAUUAUCAAGUGCAUAAAAAGAUGGAUAGUUUUAAGCCAGCUUCAAAUUUCCAUGUACUUAGAUCCAGGUCAACUUCAAGUGUUCGUCCAUCGAAUGGUUCAGGAGUAAAAUCACUUGAUUCAAAUGUCAGUAUCUUGCCACCUUUGAGACCUGAACGGUCAAGUAAAGUUGUGGGUGGGCCUAUCAAUACAGUUUCAAAGGUACAGAAUCAAGAUGGAAAUUUCUUACAAAGAAAAUUUGACUCUGAAUGUUCUCUACCUUCAAGUGCUGGAGGGACAGGAGUUUCACUUUCACGAAUUCAGUCAGCAAGAGUUGACAGCGUGCAGGCAACUUCUGGCAUUUCCUCACAAGUCACUUGUACCCUUAACUCAAAAAAUUAUUUGAGAACGUCUAUGUUGAAAGUUGUUGAUCAGUUUAGAGGGUCCAAGUUGUCAAAGAACAAUUAUGCGGGCACUGUUACUGAAAUUCCUGGAAGGCUUAACUAUAAGGGGCUUUUCUCAUACGACCACUUUGUCAAGCUUUAUAAUUGUAACAAGUUGGAAUUGCAGCCGGCAGGCCUCAUUAAUUGUGGGAACAGCUGCUAUGCUAAUGUUGUACUCCAGUGCCUUGCAUUCACUCCACCUUUGACUGCUUAUUUUCUCCAAGGACUUCAUUCCAAAUCAUGUAUAAAGAAGGGGUGGUGUUUUAAUUGUGAAUUUGAAAGUAUAAUUUUGAAAGUCAAGGAAGGGAGAUCCCCAUUAUCUCCUAUCGGAAUAAUUUCUCAUUUACCUAGUAUUGGCCGUCAACUAGGUAAUGGGAAAGAAGAGGAUGCACAUGAAUUUCUGAGGCAUGCUAUUGAUACAAUGCAAUCUCUUUGCUGUAUGGAAUCUGGAGUGAACCCAUCUGGCUCUUGGGAAGAAGAAACAACGUUAGUAGGACUUACUUUUGGAGGCUACCUUUUAUCGAAGAUAAAGUGCACAAGGUGCCAAUCCAGGUCAGAACGACAGGAAAGAAUUAUGGACCUUACGGUCGAGAUAGAAGGGGAUAUUGGUAGUCUAGACGAGGCUCUUCGAAAAUUUACUACCACAGAGAUAUUGGACGGUGACAACAAGUAUUUGUGUGGCAGAUGCAAAACUUAUGUAAGGGCGAAAAAGAAAUUUAAAAUACUGGAAGCUCCAAAUAUUCUAACUGUUGUAUUAAAGCGAUUUCAGUCAGGUAAUUUUGGAAAGCUCAAUAAGCCUAUCAAGUUUCCCGAGAUGUUAGAUCUGACACCAUUUGUACGUGGAACCAGUGAUAAAUCACCCGUAUACAAGCUCUAUGGAGUGGUUGUUCACUUGGAUGUCAUGAAUUCUUCAUUUUCGGGACACUAUGUGUGCUAUGUCAAGAAUGCCAAAAAUAAGUGGUUCAAGAUUGAUGAUAGCACGGUAACUCCGGUCGACAUUGAUUCUGUCUUGACAAAAGGGGCCUACAUGCUUCUUUACUCGAGAUGCUUGCCUAGGGCUCCAAGAUUAUUACGGCACGGAAUCGUUGCUCCCGAUUCUAAGACCAGAGCAACACAUUACCCGGCCGAUAAAAGGAACGCAACAGCUAAAACCACAACCACUUCCACAGAUCAGUCUUACACCAAGGAUACUCCUGCUGAACCUGGGAGCUUUGGUUCCAUUCAUUUUGGACAUCCUCAGAUGCGUAGGUAUUUUGAAGAGGACUCGUCCAGUGAUAAUUCAUCUCUCAUCAGCAGUGCCUCUGAUGAAGGUUCCUACAGCACCGAGAGCACUCGUGACUCUACGAGUGCCGAUGAGUUGUCAGAUUAUAUAUUUGGUGAUUCGGGGCGCGUAUGGAACACUUGGUAAAAACAUUCCAAGUCGACUAACUCCUCAUCUUCAUCCCUCAUGAAUUUGAAGCAUUCAUAUCUGGCCGAUCGAUCUGGACAUGUUUGCAUCGGCUCCUCCCGCUCGCAGCACAGAGACUGUGAGAAUUAGUGGUCUUGCCGAUUAGGAAAGACGAAGCAUCCCGUUUUUUUGCCAUCUGACUCGAGUGUAGGUAAGGUAACUAGUCGUAUUAGUAAAAGAGUUCGGAAACUAACACUGACCCAUGUAGGUUAUAACAAUGUAAAGUGUAGUGUAUGUAAUUAAAAAAUCAAGGGAAGAAAGGAUAUACUGAAUUAUUCAACUGUCAUAUAACAUUGAGUUCGAAAUUGGUAAAUAAGAGUUGAACAAAAAAAUAUUGUACUUUUCUAUUUGUGCAUUAAAGAGUUGAGGUAGAACAUGUGUUUUUUCCACA